AUGGCGGCCGGCGCGAGCAACGGUCUCGCCGCCGCCGUCGGUCCCUCGCAAGCUUACACGCGCCAUCUCGCCGAUCGCACCCGCUUCGCCCCGGUCCCCUCAGCAUCGCGCUUUGCCCACAGCCGUUUCGCCCUUGCCGUCACCUCCCCGCUCUCUCAAAUCAUCGCCGCAUCCGUAUCGGAGGUGACGGACAAAUGGGACGCUCGCAAAGCCCAUGCCGUCCACCAUGACAACUCGUACUACGCAAAGUGCAUGUUCGGAGGCGCCCUCGCCUGCGGCCUCACGCAUGCCGCCGUCACCCCGCUCGAUGUCACCAAGUGCAACAUGCAGGUCGAUCCCAACAAGUACAAGGGCUUGCUGUCCGGCCUUCGCACCUUGGUCGCUGAAGAGGGAGUAACGGGCGUUUGGAAGGGCUGGUUACCUACUCUUAUCGGCUACUCUAUGCAGGGACUGUUCAAGUUCGGUCUCUACGAGUAUUUCAAGGACAUGUACAGUAAUAUGGCCGGAAAGGAGAAUUCUCAAAAGUACAAGGGCGUCAUUUUCUGUCUCGGUUCUGCUUCAGCAGAGUUCUUUGCCGAUAUCGCCCUCUGUCCAAUGGAGAUGGUCAAGGUCAAGGUCCAGACAUCCCCGCCGGGCACGUGGCCCACCGCAUUUGGGCCUGCGCUUGCUAAGAUGUCGGCCCAAUCCGCAGAGACCCGUUUCCCGUUCGGCUCUGUCGUCCCGCUCUGGAGUCGCCAGAUCCCUUACACCGUCGCCAAGUUUUACUUCUUUGAGAAGGCUGUCGCCUUCUUCUAUUCCAACGUCUGGACCGAGCCGAGAGAGUCGUACUCUAAAAACACCCAGCUUGGAAUCACUUUCCUGUCUGGUUACAGUGCCGGUAUCAUCUGCGCCAUCGUGUCGCAUCCGGCCGAUUCUCUCAUUUCCCAGAUUGGAAAAGUUUCAAACAAGGGCAAGUCCCUCGGUACCAUCGCGUCGGAGGUCGGCUUUUCCAACCUUCUCACCCGCGGUCUGUCCACCCGUAUCAUUAUGAUCGGUACGCUCACAGGUCUGCAAUGGUGGAUCUACGAUACCUUCAAGACAAUGGCUGGCUUGGGUACGAGCGGUGGCAAAUAAAAACUUGUAAUGCAUCGGAAAUACAAGGAUGUUCUCAAAAUCGAUUUCUCAUUCACCUGAAUAGUAUCGAUGGCGGCUGGCUCUGGCCUAUUUUGUGACUCAUGGUCUUUCUAGAUAACAAACUGGUUGAUGCUGUUUGUUACUAUGAUGCGUGAUAAACAGGCAACGCGUGUGUGUACUACGACCCUCUCAGAUUUCGUCUGUUUCUAAGACUCUGAUACUCGCGACAGUCCAUUAAAUGAAGUACUAGUCCAACCUUCACACCCUUA